AUGAAUCCUAGGACAGUUCACAGUGAGAUCCAGAACUUGGCAAAAUUGAAUCAGGGCUUUAUAAAUUCUGAAGAUCGCCGCUUCCUUCGGGAAUCAGUAGCGAGUAUGGAAAAUCCCAUGUCUCCCACUUCAAGCCAUACAGAUGCAGGUGAGAUGGUCAGAGAGGCAGAUAAGCUCCUGAAAGAGGCUGGGAACAAAGAGAAUGAUUUGGAAACUGAUGCAGAGGAGGUGAUUGAACCAGACCAAGAUGAUCACCGAGAGAUGAUAAACCAAAACCUGCAGGAACCAAACGUUGCCAUUAGUGACUGUAACAGAGCCAUAGAGCUCAACCCUAACUUAGCACAGCCCUACAAGGUGCGAGGAAAAGCACUCCAGCUCCUGGGGCUCUUGGAAGAAGCAGCUUGUGACCUGGCCUUGGCUUGCAAACUGGAUUGUGAUGAAGAUGCCAGUAAUGUGGUAAAAGAAGUACAGGUGAGAACCCAGAAGAACUCUGAACACAAAACAAAGAAUGAGCAAAAAUGUAAGCACAGGGAGACACUGGAGAGAGUGAAAAGGGCUCUGGCAACAGGAAGCACUGAUAAGACAGCCCCAUGGGAUCAGGAAGAAGUGCAGAGGGAGAAGGAGUCCAGUGAGGAGCCCGAGAGUGAGGAGAGUGAGUUGGAGAUCGAUAACGAAGGGGUGAUUGAACCUGAUGAGGAUGAGCUCCAAGAGAUGGGAGACGAGACUCUGAAGGUAACAGACGAAAUGAUGAAGCAGGCCAUUGAAAAGAAGAGGGAGGCUUUUGAUGCAGUGGCUAAAGGAGAACUUCAGAGAGCUGUUGAUUUGUUCACGGAUGCCAUCAAACUGAACCCACGGCUUACGAUUUUAUAUGCCAACCGAGCCAGUGUCUAUGUGCAGUUGCAGAAGCCAAAUGCUGCCAUUAGAGACUGUGACAGAGCCAUAAAUAUCAACCCUGACUCCGCACAGCCCUACAAGUGGCGAGGGAAAGCACUCCAGCUCCUGGGUUACUGGCAGGAGGCUGCCGAGGACCUGUCCUUGGCCUGUCAGCUGGAUUAUGAUGAAGAGAUCAAUGCCAUGCUGAAUGAGGUGCAGCCAAGGGCCCAGAAAAUCACCCACCACUGGAGGAAGUUUGAGCAAAAGUGCAAGAAAGAUGAAUUUAAGGAGAUGGUAGAGAGGAUAAAGAAAGUCUUGGAGGAUCAGGAAAGUGCUCAGAAAGCCCUGGAAGAACAGGAGAUAGAUGAGAAAGCAGCCCUAGAGGAACAGGAGAAAUCCAUGAAGGAACCUGAGACAACUGAGCAGAUAGUGCUGAAAGAACAGGAGGACAAUCAACAGGAGCCAAUGGAGGAACAAGAGAGAGCUCAGAAGAAGGCAUUGAAGGAACAAGAGUCAGUUCAGCCGAUGGAUCUGGAGGAACAGUUGAUAGCUUUGCAGACUGAGCUGGAAGAACAGUUGAAAACUCAGCAGAUGGAGCUGGAGGAAGAGGAGAGAGCUCUGCAGAAGUUGCUGGAGGAACAGGAGAGGACCCAGAAGAAGGUGCUGGAAAAACAGGAGAGAACCCAGAUGAAGGCUCUGGAAGAACUGGAAAGAGCUCAACAGCUGGCUCUGAAGGAACUGGAAAGAGCUCAGAAGAAGGUCUUAGAGGAACAGGAAAAAUCUCAGAAGGCAGCCCUGGAAGAACAGGAAAGAGCUCAGAAGAAAUCCCAGAGGGAAAAGGAGAGAGCUGAGAAAGCCCUGGAGGAACUGGCAAGAGCUCAUAAGAUGGCCUUGAAGGAACUGGAGAUUGCUCAGAAAAAAGGCCUGGAGGAACAUGAAAGAGCCCAGCAGAAGGCCUUAACAGAACAAAAGAAAGCUCAUAUGGCUAUGGAAGAACUGGAGAAAGCUCAUAAGAAGCAAGAGAGAGCACAGAAGGCUGCCCUAGAGGAGCAGAGGAGAGCUCAGAAAGCCCUAGAGGUACUGGAAAGAGAACAGAGAAAGGCCAUGGAGGAGCAGAAGAGAGCUCAAAAGAAGGCCAUGGAGGAACAGGAAAAAGCCCAGAAAGCCCUGGAGGAACUGGCCAGAGUUCAGCAGCAGACUCUAGAGGAAAAAGAGAGAGCUCAGAAGAAGACCAGAGAGGAACAGGAGAGAGCCCAGAAAGCCCUGGAAGAAUUGGUGAGAGCUCAGAAAGAGGCUCUAGAUGAACAAGAGAGAGUUCAGAAGAAGGCUACAGAGGAACAGAAGAGGGCUAAAAAGGCCUUGGAGGAACUGGAGAGAGCUCAGAAAAAGGCCUUGGAGGAACUGGAGAGAGCUCAGAAAAAGGCACUGGAGGAACAAGAGAGAGCUCGAAAGAAAGCCCUGGUGGAACAGGAGAGGGCUCAAAAAGGCCUGGAGGAACUGGAGAAAGCUCAGAAAAAGGCCCUGGAGGAACAAGAGAGAGCUCGAAAGAAAGCCCUGGAGGAACAAGAGAGAGCUCGAAAGAAAGCCCUGGUGGAACAGGAGAGGGCUCAAAAAGGCCUGGAGGAACUGGAGAAAGCUCAGAAAAAGGCCCUGGAGGAACAAGAGAGAGCUCGAAAGAAAGCCCUGGAGGAACAGGAGAGGGCUCAAAAAGGCCUGGAGGAACUGGAGAAAGCUCAGAAAAAGGCAUUGGAGGAACUGGAGAGAGCUCAGAAAGAGAAAGGGGUCGUGGAGGAACAAGAGAAAGCUCAGAAGAAAGCCCUGGAGGAACAGAAGAGGGCUCAGAAAGCUCUGGAGAAACUGGAGAGAGCUCAGAAAAACUCCCUAGAGUCGCUGGAGAGAGUUCAGAAAGGGGUCUUGGAUGAGCCAGAAAAUGCUCAGAAGGUGGCCCUGGAGGAACAUGAGAAAGCUCAGAAAAAGGUUCCAGAGGAAGAGGAGGAAGCUCAGAAAGAGGCCCCAGAAGAACAUGAAGGAACUCAUAAAAUGUUGUGGGAAGACCUGGAAAGAGCACAGAAAAAAGACUUAGAGGAAUUGGAGAAAGCUCAUAAAAAGGUAUGUGUAGAACAGGAAAGAGAUCAGGAAAUAGACGUAGAGGAACAGGAAACAGCCACAGAGGAACAACUGAGAGCUCAAAAAGAGCCAGAGCAUGCAACAAGUUCAUUAAGACCUCUCGCAAAAUCCAUUUGGGACUAUUUUGAAUCAGGCUAG